AUGAGCGCAAAUAAUGAAGCAAUUGGAAGACAGGCCAUUGGUCGACAUGAAUUUAUUGGAGGUUUGUAUGAUAUUCGUAGUGAUCGUUUCGACGGUAGAAACUUAUUUAAUCGGGAAUUGCCACCAUCGUAUAUUUCAACAACGGAUUGUGCCUAUACAACAUAUAUUGUCGAUGAAAAUGAAUCUCAGAGAGAUACAUUGAACAAACUUAAUAUUGAUGCAGCAAUGAAAGUUAGUCUUAUGGCUGGUUUACUUAAUGUGGAAGGUUCAGGCAAAUACUUGAAUCAAACAAAAACUGAUAGUCGAACAGUUCGGGUAACACAUAUCCUCCAAUUGAAAACGAAAAAACAACAUUUACACAUUAGUAUGGCUGAUUUAUGUAAUUAUUUUUCAUCAGAUGCGUUGGAAAACUCAAACGCAACGCAUUGUGUGAUUGGAAUUACUUGGGGUGCAAAUAUUGCGGCAACAUUUGAAAAAACUUUAGAUACUUCAGAGGCAGCCGAAGAAAUUCAAGGUCAAUUAUCAGCAUACUUGAAGAAGCCAUCAAUUAGCAUUAGUGGUGAUGCAAAAUUGGUAAAUGCUGACCAGAUAAAUUCAAAGUUUCGCUCACUGAAGAUUAGUUUUUCUGGCGAUGUGUUGAUUAAGGAUGUUCCACAUACAGUUGAAGAUGUUUUCAAUAUUUUCAGAAAAGUACCAUCCGAGUUGGAAAAAUUAAAUCAUGGUAUUACUCAAAAAUCUCGAGAAGGCGCAGGUAAUAGCAAUCCGAAACUGAAUAUAUUAUGCUCUAAAAACGAAAUUUGUUUUCAUGGUGGAAAUUUAUUGACCGUUGAACAACAACAGAAAUUAAAUGAAUUCUAUGGUAAAAACGAGGCACAAUGGCAAUUGAUCUAUAAAGCAAAAAGAGAUGGUUUUGCUAGUAAAGAUUUUCAUCGUCAAUGCGAUGGCAAAGGCCCAACAAUGACAAUUAUUAAAUCAAAAUCUGGUGGAUAUCUGUUCGGUGGAUAUACCGUGCCUCCGUGGAGCUCAGAUAAUGGAAGAAGAACAGAUCCAACAGCCUUUUUAUUCACACUAAUAAAUCCACGUGGUCAGGCAAUGACAAAAUUUAAUAUUGGACAACAUUUAAGUGGUCAGUAA